AUGGAAGAGUUUUUUCCUUGUUCUCGUAGUGUUCGUCAAGGAGAUCAUUUGUCACCUAUUCUCUUUUGUCUUGCGGAAGAGGUUUUAAGUAGAGGUCUCACUAAGCUGGCUGAGGAUGAACUUGUUGAUUUACUGUCAGCUCCUCUUGGUAUUACUCCACCAUCGCAUGUUAUAUUUGCAGAUGACAUUAUGGCUUUUAUGCGGGAUACCAAGAGAUCUUUGAAGAAUCUAAUGAAGUUUAUGGAGGAAUAUGGCUUGAAUUCAGGGCAAAGAGUCAAUAAAUCUAAAUCGCUUGUGUUCCUUGGGAAAUAUGCUCACCGUAGACGUUUUGUUAUCGGGAAAAUUUUGGGUGUCAAGCAGGGGUCUCUUCCAUUCACAUACCUUGGGGCCAUUGCAGAUAGAGUGAGAUGCAAGGAGUCCUCUUGGAAAGGUUCUCUUUUGUCGCAAGCGGAUCAAGAAUUUUUUUGGACUGGAGACCCUUUAAAAAUAGGCAUGCCUCUUGUUGCUUGGCGUCACUGUUGUAAACCCAAAGAGGAAGGAGGCUUGGGGUUACGUAAUCUAUUUGAGGCUAAUCGUGCUCUUCUAAUAAAGAGAUGUUGGGAGAUGCUUAGAGCUCGUUUUUUGAAAGAUGAUUUCCAACCUAUAAAGUCUUACAAGAGAUCUUCGGUCUGGUUGGGUCUCAAAAAAGUUUGGACAAUGUUUUUAAAUUCUUUGUAUUGGAGUGUUAGUGAUGGUAGGAGGAUAUCUUUUUGGCAAGAUAAUUGGUUGGGUGAGUCUCUUGCUACUAGUGUUGGAGUAAGUGGCUCUAUUCCACUUCAUGCUAAGGAGGACUAUGACGAAAUGUCGAUAGCUUAUAGGCCUUUGCAUGCAGAUCUCACAUAUGACAUGAAGUACGGUAUCAGAUCAGUGCAGGGUGGUGGUAGGUCUUCAGCUAGAGAAACAAUAGGAAGAGUUGCUGCAGGAGCAGUUGCCAAGAAAAUCCUGAAGGACUUCUCAGGUACUGAGGUAUUUGCUUAUGUUUUACAAGUUCACAAGGUUGUACGCCCAGAGGACUCAGUUAAUCAUUACACUUUGACACUUGAUCAGAUAGAGAGUAAUAUAGUUAGGUGUCCAGAUCCUAAAUAUGCAGAGAAGAUGAUUGUUGCCAUUGACGCUGUUAGAGUGAGAGGAGAAUCAAUUGGUGGUGUUGUCACAUGCAUAGUUAAAAAAUGCACACAGGGUCUUGGUUCGCCUGUGUUUGACAAACUUGAAGCUAAGCUGGCUAAAGCUUGCAUGUCAUUACCUGCAACAAAUGGAUUUGAAUUUGGAAGCGGGUUUGCAGGUACCUUUUUAACUAGGAGUGAGCAUAAUGAUGAGUUCUAUGUGGAAGAACAAGGACGAGUGAGGACAAGAACAAACCGCUAUGGUGGGAUACAAGGAGGAAUAUCUAAUGGGGAAAUCAUAAACAUGAGAAUAGCUUUCAAGCCAACUACUACAAUUUCAAGGAAGCAAAAUACAGUGACUAGAGAUAAGGAGACUGAACUAAUAGCCCGUGGUCGCCAUGAUCCUUGUGUUGUCCCACGAGCGGUUCCAAUGGUUGAGGCGGGAGUAGCGCUAGUGCUCAUGGAUCAGUUAAUGGCUCAAUAUGCCCAGUGUCAUCUCUUUCUACACAAUCCAGAUGUACAAGAACCUCUCUCUUAA